GCGCAUUAGGAGGCUGAUUGAGCGCCUAAAGCGGAAGUAAACUCCGUCUCCCUAAAACGUCCCCCUGCGAAACUGCGCCCAGGGUACAUUUGGUUCCACCGACAGGUUUUUCUCCGCGGAUUCAAAACUCUCUUCAAUGAGUGUCGUCUGAAUCGUUGGUUGUUUGCUGUUGCUGCUGCUUCCAUGUCCGCGCUUGUAAGGUUUCCGACGGCUGCUUGCGCAACUAUUACAGGCAAACUCCUCCUGACGCCCGAAUUUACUUUGGCCCAUCCGUUGCAGGAAACAAACGAAGCAAGCGCACGCCAGAGAAUCCGGUGGCGUUAUAAUCAGCUCGCAGGUGCGUUGCGAGGCGGGUCAGUAGACACGCGUUUGAAGGCAGACUCGUUAUACUUUCGCCUGCCGACGACGAUUGGAGGGAGCUGCGCCGCUUGACCUCGGGGAGGAGGAGCUGCAGCGGCGGCGGCGGCCAGGCAGCAGGCGCCCUCCCUCGCCCUUCCUGCGGCCGAGCAAGAAACGGAGCCCGGCUCUUCCCCGGGGAAGGGGACCCCCGCCGCCAUGCUGAGGGCUCUGCGGAGGCGCUGGGAGGCCUACAAGUACCGCUUCGUGCCCUGGAUCGCGCUCAACCUCGGCCACAAGCGCAGGUGAAGGCGGCCGCCGGGUCUCCAUUCAGGGCGGAGCGGGAGAAGGAGGCGACCGAGAGGUCUCUCUGCCACUUGUGGCAAAAAAGUAAAAGUAAAGCCAGAGGUUCGGCGGUGUUGCCGCGAAACCAGCCUUUUUACGUGGAGUACAAGGGCGGCGUUCGCAUUGGCGAACCCAGGGCGAACUCUUGCACGUGAGGAUGCGAGGGCGCGUGUGCAGGGUUCUUCCGCAGCCGGGCAAUGGCCAAAGCAACGCGGAUCCCUGGCGGCAAUGGCCAUUGUGGGGACUGCUGCUGGCAUGCCUGCGGAAAUCCGCCUAGCUGACCCAUCCUCUGACCUGCCCUGAGAAGCGGUUACCCUUCCCCAUUGACCCGCAAGCAGCUCCUUCAGGCUAUGUGGGAUUGUUCUUCUGGGGUUUGCACGGGCGCUAGGCAGCUUGGUCAAACGGGCGUCCAAAUUUCCCAGGAUGGGACUAUGUUUGGAGGGUUUGUGGUUCAAUUAUAAUGGUGGCUUGACCUAGGCACCUAAUGUUGCUUGGAGUACUACUAGUAGUAGUAGAAGUAAUAAUAAGUCAUACUUUCCAUAGUGAAUCGCUUCCCAUGAGGCAUGAGUGCAGGCAUCAGCGGUGGGGGCUGCCCAAGGAUGCCUGCAAAUGCCUUCUGCAACAUUUCCUGAUGGGUGGUAUGGUGUUGGUGCAAGUGAAGCAGUGUGUUGACAUUUUGUAUUAGCCUUCAUGUUCGUGUGUGCUAGGGUUAAGAUGCGUCCUGACUGUUCAGAGGUUUGACUUCUACAGAAUAGUUCAAAAAUGAACUCGAUUGGACAUAGGUACACAUAUUUUUUUUUUUUUAAAGGCAUCCUUCAAAGUCUAUAUGUAGUAACUGCUUUACCAGAGACCUUUAAAGGUAAAGGAACCCCUGACCAUUAGGUCCAGUCGUGACCGACUCUGGGGUUGCAGCGCUUAUCUCGCUUUAUUGGCUGAGGGAGCCGGCGUACAGCUUCCAGGUCAUGUGGCCAGCAUGACUAAGCCACUUCUGGGGAACCAGAGCAGCGCAUGGAAACGCCGUUUACCUUCCCGCCAGAGCGAUACCUAUUUAUCUACUUGCACUUUGACGUGCUUUCGAACUGCUAGGUGGCCAGGAGCAGGGACUGAGCAACAGGAGCUCACCCCGUCAUGGGGAUUCGAACCGCCGACCUUCUGAUCAGCAAGUCCUAGGCUCUGUGGUUUAACCCACAGCGCCACCCACGUCCCUUGGCAGAGACAUUUACUAUGGGGUAAAAGAGACUGUCCCUUGGUAAAUCAGCCCAGUUGGAGCAUAUUAUCAUGGCCACCACCUUGAAAGCCACUAGAACCACGUCAGUUUAGCAGCAGUUAUAGAAGCAAGAGUUUGGCAUAGAAGUUCCAUGCUGACUGCUGUUUGGAUUGAGUAGUGCUGAGGUCUCUUGCGUUCUGUGGGGAAUCUUGCCUAUGUUGCUUUCAGUACCUUCUCUGCCUUAUGUGCUGCAGUUUGAUCUGCAGAUGUUAGUGAAGCAAUGAUUAUUAUCUCUGAACCAUGAAAAGCUUCACUUGUGAAUGUCUGCAGAAGUUAAGGGCUGGACAGCAGACCAGGCAGAAUUUCUGGUCAUUUGGCAACCUUAAAAUGAGCAUUUCUGUGACAUAGCGUAUUUUUCUGUCUAUAAGACAUCCCCAUGUAUAAGACGCCCCCUAUUUUGGGGGACUCCGAUUUAAGAAAAUGGGAGAGAUCUAUCUGUGUAUAAGACACCCCCAAAUUUUGGACAUUAUUUGUUAGGGCGAAAACCUAGUCUUAUACACAGAAAAAUACGGUAAUUUCAUUCUGCAAUGUUGUAUAAUGCAGAAGAAGAAACAGGGAGCCAAAACCUAGCAAAAAAUUCUGCUGACAUUUGCAGUCGGAAGGUUUCAGUCAUGCUUUGUGAGCAGUUGAAACGACAGCUUUACUACAUUUUAAAUAAUAUAAUGUGAUGUGAUGGGCUGAUAAUUAAAUAGCUGGAUUAACUGCUUUUUGUAUAAAACUUCAUUUUUCAAUGUAUUUCUCUCACUCCACCACCAGAGCUAAAUGUUCUCAUUUAAACUUUCUUCGAAAAAACCCCCAGACAAUUUACCCAAUAGGAAUUUUGUUGUGCCCCUCAAGACCCCAUAUAUAUGAUGGAUGAAGACAUCGCAUUCAAAGAGGCUAUGAACUAGUUUCUCAAGGGAAAUAAGCAAUUAAAACUAGAAGUGAAAUAUUUGUGAAUAUAUCAUAUAGGGAGCUAUUUUUCUUUGGGUACAGUGUGGAUUAGGUGUAAUUGGUCUUUCCCCCCUCUCUAAUUUCUGUAAUAAUAAGCAGAUGCAUGGAAUGAAUAAAGGAUUAAAUUGAUUCUUGGCUCUCUGGUGGAACUAAUAAAAUCGCAAGCUGAAUACUUGUGGUUUAAUGAUCUCAGUGCAGCUCUUCUAAUGAAUCACAGCCUUGUAUUCAUGCAAGGAACAUUUAUUAUUCUGUUAUUUCGGUUGUCUUAAUUUAGGAGAGAUUUCACCUUUCACUUAAAAGAAAAAGAACCUACAGAUUCUUCUCAUUAGAAGAAUCAGUUUCAUGUAGUGUGGAAAAACACCUGCACUUUAUCAUCUCCUUUGUCCAUUCCUCAGUAGAGUCUUAUACAUAAGAAUUAGCUAGACAGUUAGCGCUUCCUUUCCUUUCCUAUUUCAAUUGUGCUGUCAGUAGGACUGAUUCUCUACUGCUACUUCCUUAAACUACUUCCAAGGCAACCAGGAAUAGUGAGCCAUGCCAGCCAAUCAGCCUCUUGGGACACACAGAAAUCAGCGUAUGUACAGCCAAUCUAGAAAUAUAGAGCAAUCUUCAUGUUUAGCACAUUUAAUGAAAAAUAUGCACGACUUUUAAAUAUAAAAGAUGGCCACGGUUUUUAACAGAACUGUAAGUGGUUUGAAACAGUUUGAAAAGCAAGCAAGUAGUGUUUGCUACAGUUUCUAAACUCUCAUUUAGAACAUUCCGAAAUGUCUCAGAUCUGUUGUUUUUUGGACUGUUGCAGAACUCUGCGGUUUGUACCAGAAGGCUCUAAAGACAAAAUGGUUUCUGAUGAAGAUGUACUUCAAGCACUCCUGAAAACUUUCACAGCUUUAUUUGUAAACGACUUGAGGAGACAAACAUUUCUUCUUAGCUUUCUUCCAAAAGUUAAAUCCAGAUACCUGGACCUGCAGAAAGCUCAGCCUGAGACAAACCAAACAAUUGAUGACAGCCGUCAGAAUCAAGUCAUCUUCAAUCCAGAAGACGUUCUCCUUCACACUUUAGGAUUCAGCAUUGCUCGAAGGCAUAGCUCACUUGUUUCUGCUGGAACAGGAGUCUUUGUAACGAAAGGUUUUGUUCCAAAAGGAGCAGUUGUAUCUAUGUAUCCUGGUAUGGAAAGAAUGUAUUUACAAAUACAUAAACAUAUGAUCUCAUUUUUUGCUGAGUCAGACCAUUAGCCCGUCUUAAUUAGUGUUAGCAUAAUUGACUGUGUUUUCAUGUCGCGCUGAACCAUAAAAGUAUUGUUUGUUAAAACAUCCUGCACAAACUGCACGCUGGCCAAGUAUUCCUAGUUUGUGCCUCCUUUCCUUCAUUGAGGAAGCAAAACGUGCAGUGGCUGGCUUAGUGUUAGUUCAGACAAACCACAACUGAAGCCAGCUUUCUUCGCAUAAUGGUUUAACAGACCAUACUUAUGGAUAAGCGUUACAUGGCAAUGCAGCCACUGAACUGACUGCAACUCCCCAGGGUCUCAGCAGAGGGCUCUCACGGAUUGAAUCCAGGAGUUUUUGCAUGCGACAUGCAUUCUGUCACUGAGCUGUGGCUGAUCACUGAGAAUCCUUAGAAGAGGAUUUCUAUGUUCUGUGAUUGAGAAAAAACCAUUUAAACCAUGAGGCAAUCUGGCAAACCCAAGCCAGAAAGCUUUGAAACUUUUAUUCAGAACUGUUGGGUUGGCCAGAUGGAAAAGAGGACAGUUGAAAUUCCCUCUUUUACACACUAUCAAAGGUACAAGAGCCCUGUUCCUCUUUAAGGCCCUCUGGUGCCUGUUUCUAGCAGUUUAGUUUCAGUCUGUGUAAAGUUGUCACCUUAUUUAUGACAAGGCAUGCUGGCGAGGAAUCCUAUUUGGAAUAAGGGAAUUUCCCUUUAAAAAAGGGAAACGUUGACAGCUAUGGGUCACUCUGUCAUUUAUAGCUGCAUGCCAGGAUGACAUUCAGCAAGGGACAUUCAAGCACCUCCAUGCUACACUUUUUGUUCUGCUCUUCUGAACAUAUUUAAAGGUCAAGAGGCCUGUCAGAAAAGACUCAUUUGCCCCCAGAUAUCAUGCCCUAAAAUUAGUAUUUAUAGUAAUAAUAAUACAGUGGUACCUCGGGUUACAUACGCUUCAGGUUACAUACGCUUCAGGUUACAGACUCCGUUAACCCAGAAAUAGUACCUCGGGUUAAGAACAGAAAUCGUGCUCUGGCGGCAGCAGGAGGCCCCAUUAGCUAAAGUGGUGCUUCAGGUUAAGAACAGUUUCAGGUUAAGAACGGAUCUCCGGAAUGAAUUAAGUACUUAACCCGAGGUACCACUGUAGUAGUAGUAGUAGUAGUAGUAAUAAUAAUUUUUAUUUAUUUAUUUAACCCCAUCCAUCUGGCUGGGUUUCCCCAGCCACUCUGGGCAGCUUCCAACGACGAUUAAAAGUACAUUAAAACAUCAGUUAUUAAAAACUUCCCUAAACAGGGCUGCCUUCCAGUGUCUUCUAAAAGUCAGAUAGUUGUUUAUUUCCUUGACAUCUGAUGGGAGGGUGUUCCACAGGGCAGGCACCACUACCGAGAAGGCCCUCUGCCUGGUUCCCUGUAACCUCACUUCUCACAGUGAGGGAACCACCAGAAGGCCCCUGGAGCUGGACCUCAGUGUCUGGGCAGAACGAUGGGGCUGGAGAUGCUCCUUCAGGUGUAAGAGAGAGAGAGAGCAAUGUAGUAGUUUCUUAAACUUGGACUGUAUGAAUCUGGUUUCAAAUUGCUAUUUAACCAUAAAUGUAUUUCCUAGGGUUUUAGACCACCCUUCAUCCUGCUGGAUCCCAGGAAGGUUCAAAAUAAACAAAUCAAACACAAAACCCUAACCCACAGCAUAAGGAGAUUUAAAAAACCCAUUAAUAUUCCACUAUACCAGUACAUUCCUUUCCAAAAUGCCUGAAAGAAUGGAAAGGGGGGCGGGAAUGUUUUAAACUUACGAGAAAAGAGAGAUCCAUGCAUCCAGAGGGAAGAAGCUCCACAGGUGAAAUCCCUGCACACAGAGAGUCCUAGCCAAUGUCAACUGCCACAAUGGACCACACCUGUUGUUGGGACCACAGGAAGGGUCUUUCUUGCAGAUAUCUAAACCCAGGCCAGCAGAUGCAAAGAGAAGUAUAUUUGGUUCAUGUGGGGGAAGAAAGCAAUAUUUUGCCAUCCUGGACACUGAAGUUUUGUGAUCUUCUUUUUUUUAAUGGUACUAAUUCUACACCCACCCACUGUUGUAUUUCACAGAAAGCUUGAUCUUUACAUCAGGCUGAAGGAGUUUUGUGAUUUGCAGUCUUUUGUUUGUGAGAAAAUGGUUAGAUCCACUCAGUGCGUUGCUUGAGACUGCCCAUCUUGUUGAUUGUGAUUAGCUGGAAUCUAAAAUAGCCACUUUUGUCUCACACAGGCACAGUCUAUGAAAAGUAUGAGCCCAUAUUUUUCCAGUCCAUUGGCAAUCCAUUUAUAUUUAGAUGUAUAGAUGGGGUGCUUAUUGAUGGGAAUGACAAGGGAAUAUCAAAAGUUAUAUACAGGUAGGUCCAUAAUAGAAAAAUGUCGCCCCCAAGGUUUCACCCUUUGUACUUUUCUAAAAGUGUUUUUAAGUAAAACCAAAGAACUUGGAAGUCGUCUGUUUCAGGUUUUUAUAUGGAAUAAAAUGUUAGCCACAGAUUUGGGGGUGAGUUUAUUUUCUGGCCGUAGAACAUAACCUUUUUUUGCAGUUGCACAGCUUUGAUAUUGGGAAUGUACAAGUGGUUGUCUUAUUUCCCUGUGACUUUUGUUAACAUUUGAAAGAAGUUAACCUUGAAGGUCGGAGAACAUCUGCCAAUAAGAUGGGUCCAUAAAACCAUAUUUGACAAAACCUGUACUACUUUUACUGUAGAAUAUUCCACUGUUCCGUAACUCAAUAUUUACUUACAAUUUGGAAGCUAACAGAAAAGCAGAAGCUCCAUGUCUGCACAAAUUUGAACUACAACAAAGUAAUGGCAAAGUAGUGGGUUGUGCACUGCUUUUUAUGGCUGACGUUGAUUUGUAUCCAGUGCUUGCAGAUGUGAGAAUCACUUCCUUUUCUGUAUACUCACUAACAAUAUAAUGUGUCGAUUGUUGAUGUGCUGGUCUCAUCUGUGGUAAGUUUUGUGCUUUGGAAAGGAUUCCACAGAUUUACACAGGUUAAUAUAGCUAUGAUGCUUGUGCCAGAAAUUCACACAGUACUAUAUAUUUAUUUAUAGCAUGUUUACCCUGGAAAGGCUCCUAGAGUGAUUUGAAAAAGAUCAAUAACAAACAAGAUAGUCCUGCCCUCAAGCUUGCAAUUUAAAAGACAAGACACAAAAGGAAAAGGGGGGAGGAGGGAGGAGGGAGGAGGAAAACAAGCAAAAUCGGACAUAAACUCUUAAUUUACAUCUUUAUUGCAGUCCAGGGAGAAAAGGAGUCAAAUGAUGCUGGUUUCUCAGCAGAACUGAUAAGAGUGGGCCUUGCUGCCCCAUUUCAGUCUCUGCUGCAACCAAAUGGAAUGGUUGUCUAGAUAAGCACAAGUUCUUGGUUGUUAAGAGUAUGAUUUAAAUAUUAAAUGUCUGGCAAGUAUUCUUUGCAUCUGCAAAUAUCUGCUGCAAAGUAACAUCCUUGCCAUCACAGCCCUUCCUUAGACUUGAGCGAAAACCUUUUUCGUUACCAAAAAUGAAGGCACACAGCUUCAACGUGCAAGACCCACCAAGUUAAAUGCAGCCCAUCAGCUAUGUAUGAAAGUCUGGCAGAUGCUUGACAACCAUUCCUUAAUCUGAAGUGGAACGUAUGUGCUGUGUAUUCAGCUGAAUGGGCAGCGUUUGAUUUGCUAUGUCUCAAGUUCUGUAGAGGAUCAAAUUGUAUUUGCUACUUACGGGUGCUGAAUAGGAUGUAGGUAAUGAGUAGCAUAGUCUUAGCAAAUGAAUUUAAUUUGUGGGGUGUGAAUGUACCCGUGUUUGCUUUGAAAAGAUAUGAUUGCUCAAGAAGAUGUCAAAAUUGGGGUUUGUUAACGCUGUAAGUUUUUUCAGGUCAUGCAGCAAGAGAGAUCAGAUUGGUCCUUUGAAAAUGAGUGAUGUAUUUUGGCUUACAACUGGUCUGCAGAAUCCACUGGCAGUGGGGCAGUAUGUUAACAAUUGCUCACCUGGUGAGUAGGAAACAAACUUUUUCCUAGACUAGAUUCGGGCACCUUAAAGACCAUCAUGUUGAGUUCUCCAAGGAUACAACUUUAUGGGAGAUUAAUUUCUGGCUCACUGCUACCAAGCUACCAGUGUUGCUUCUAAUCUGCAGUUUGGGUGAAUGCUGAGACCCAUCUUUUACAUAGAGGGAAGUGGUACAUCUCCAUAUAAUAUUUAUUGUCAGGUCGGAUUUACUUCAUUCACAUGGCUACAUCAAUGAGGAUGCCCCACAUAAAUGGUUUUAGAGCAUCUGAACAGGAUUUCUGUUAUAAUAAAUAAUGCAAGUGAUGUAAAACAAUCCAAAGGAUACAUUAACUGAGAGUUGCACCAAUAUUAGUGCAUCUCAUCUUUUUCAAUAUUUUUCCUCUCUUAUUUUUCCAUCAGAUAAAGCAGCCAAUGUAUGCUAUCAGGAAUUUGACGUACCUGAAAAUUUUCCUAUAGAAUUUAAACAGUAUCUUCCAAACAUAAACUACUGUCAUGAGAUACAGAGGUGAGAAGUUUAAUCAAAUACUUGUUACAAUCUCAUAGAUUGGAUUAAGUUUGAUAAUUUGACUAGCUCAUUAAUGUCAAAUAGGUCACAUAUUUAAACCUUCACUUAUUGGAACCUAAAGAAAGAAAAACUGGUGUGUGUUAUGCAUGUAUAAGUGCAUGUGCAUAAUAGUAUCUGAAAUUCCUCCACUAUGCAAUCUGCAGGCCCCUGAGAUGUGUCGUUCUGAUUGCUCUCCAAGACAUUGGACCAGGAGAAGAGCUUUUCUCAAACUAUUACACAAUUAUCAAUUGAGCCUGAGGAGCCACUGAUUGACCAGUUUUAAUCUCCUGAGGUAUUUUUUACUGAAUGCAUACUUUGUGGCACUGAGGGGUUUGGUGCAUCCUUUUGGCUGAGCCUUUUAAGAAAAGAAAAAUUAGUGCAAAAUUAGUGGUUUAUGCAGUGUUAAAACAGUGCCUGCAACCAUCAGUGUUCUUCAGCCUAUAUAUUUUCUUACUAUUGUAUCUUAGGAUUUGCUUCUGUUCCUUUUUAGGUACCUUACAGAGUUUAUAUUAAGAAACAUAGUAUGCUUUGUAAGUUUGAUUGCUUUAAAUCAGUGGUGGGGAACUGGUACUGACCUGUAGGCCGGAUUUUUAAUUACCCCACCCCACUGUGGGCCCACUUUGACAUGUAAAAGCACCGCCUACCUCAGGGGUAGGCAACCUAAGGCCCGGGGCCGGAUGCGGCCCAAUCGCCUUCUAAAGCCAGCCCACGGACGGUCUGGGAAUCAGCGUGUUUUUACAUGAGUAGAAUGUGUGCUUUUAUUUAAAAUGCAUCUCUGGGUUAUUUGUGGGGCAUAGAAAUUCGUUCAUCAUUCCCCCCCCCCAAUAUAGUCCGGCCCACCACAUGGUCUGAGCUGGAAAAGCUUGUUGACAUCUGAUCUACCUGUUAGCCACAUUACAUUAUAGUGAUUUCAGGUGACUGAUAAGUUAUCAGGGUUCGAAGUGGAUCAAUGUACAGGCUGGCCAGCUUAACGGCAAUUACAGCCUUCCUUUGAAGAUGGGCAGUCAGAUGAUUGGCGCUGGGAGUGUGUCUUCAAAAGGGUGUCUGGAGAACAAGAACAUUCCACUUUCACGAACCCCUGUGGAUUCAAACCACUUCCUGAAAGUGGACUUCACAAGUACCUCCCUGAAGUCACCAAUCCACUGAGAAGUUGUUACAAUAAGCCUCUUUGAGCCUGCCCUCUCAGCACCAUGUCACUGCUGAUCAACUAUUUUGCUUCUACCUACAGAGACAUCCAUUUGGCGGAAUCGCACUGCCUGAAACUCUGGAUCAACACAGACAUGGGAAGAUGUUCCUGCAUAAGUACUAGUUGACAUGAACAAGUUAUGCAGUUGAGCAGGGCCUGCACUAGAGAAUUUCCAAGUGGAUUGGCACCAUACUUUGUACUUUCCACACUUGGGAUUCCGAAAAACUUUUAUACAGAUGCAUACUGCCUCUAAUGGAACAUAGACAUGGAUGGCCUUCUCCUCCAUGAACUUGUAUGAUUUUUUAAAGCCAGUCAUGUUGGGAGCCAUUGCUGCAUUUUACAAAAACUAAUUCCAUAGUGUAACUAGGUGCUGUGCACUUUAUUCUAUCCAUCCUGAAUCUUCCAACAUUCAGAUUCAUCGGAUGGCCCCAAAUUUUAGAAUUAGUGGGAGAGAAACCUCUCUAUGCAAUCAGAAUGUAGUCUUGUCUGAAAAUAUAAAUCUGGUUCUUUAUGGAUUAGAAUCUGAACAUCUGAAAACUUCUUUUAAGAUAACCCUGUGUGUUCAAAUAUACUAAAGUGACAAAUGUUGCAGAGGCAUGAAAACUUUCACAAAAGAAAAAGGGUUUCCAGACAUUUAUUUCUGGAACUGUACACCAGGUAUUAAAGUACAACAAAUACAAAAUAAUGUUCAAAAAAAUCAGUGUUUAUGUACAAAUAUUAAAACCAAUGCAACAAUAGCAACUUCCUCUUGGGCAUCCAAUACUAAAACUGGUUGCGAUUGUCACUAAUUUAUUUUGCUAUGCACAGGGGAUUCCAACCUGAAUCUAGGAAUGACUGGAAUUACUGGUUGCUUCAGGAAGGACUGCAGACCUUAACUGUUAGCAAAAAAAAAACUACUGAGAAGUUUUCCCGCUCACAUGGAAAAAUCAUAACCAUGAUACUAUGUAAAUUCAGUUUCUCAUUUAUAGACAAUGUGCUUUUAACACUGGGCAAACAGUCUUCUAUUGGUCAGUUUAUCCACUAGUUUACAUUCAAACUUGAAAUACCCACUAAAGACUUUGGUUAAAAUUAAACUGUAUUUCUAAUACACUACUGGAUCUGAAAUUAACAUAUGGUUUUGACUUGGUUUUAUAAGGAAACUGUACAUAUCAACCCAAUCGUACACAAUUUAGUAUACUUCAGACAGUAUUGUACAGCCUUCAAGUAAAGUCAGCGGUUUGACCAUAACAAGAGGGGAAAAAUAAGCAUUUAAAAAGCUAACGAUGAGAAGAUGAAAUGACUUAACAAAAGUAAAAGUAUUGCUCUAAUCACAGCACCAGUUACACUUCUAUGUGAAUCAGCUAUCCUUUUCAGAAUCCCUGUAGUUAAGUGAUACAUCUACCAAACUGCAAUUGCCCAUGAUGGAUUUUUGGUUUGUUUUUAUGAAAAAGGAGAGGAGAGAUAAUAUAUUCAGCAAUGAACCAUGAAGUCAUCACAGUUUGUUAGAAGAAUUGUGCUUUACCCACACUGAAUCAAGGCAAUGUAGAUUUCUUCAUAUGGUUGCAAUUCUGCCAUCUUCAUGCUCUCCCUCAAACGCAAUUCUUUUAAUAAACAGUAACAAGUUCUCCAUUUAAAAUGUUUAACACAGAGAAAAACAGGUUAAGUCCAGCUUUUAAAAGAAAAAUUCAAUAAAUAGCUAUUUUACAUGAAUAAAGUCAUAGUGGUACAAAUUUAUGAAUGUCACAUCAAGCAUGCACAAAAUGUUACUAUACACAGAAGUAGUCAGAAAAUAUUGAAAUAGAUAUCUAAAAAGAUAUGCAGAAUGUACAUAUUUACAUAAUCUUGCAAAUUAUUGCCUCAUUUUAACAAGGAAUUAAAAGUAAACAUUACCAGCUAGCUAGCCAACAGGCUAAAUUAGAUCAGCAAUUAAAAUCUAUUAAAACUAGCCGGAAUUCAUUGUUCUUUCAUACCAUUUCAGAAUUUUGGUCAAAAGUCUUUAUUAAAUAACUAAAGUGUCCAUUCAACUUGCUGACAAUCAAAACUUUAGACGAGAAACUAGACUCUCGGUCUUCAUUAAGACCCCAGCAAUGCAUAGAUAAACUGAACGUAGUACUGCAUCAGCUAAUGAGAAUGGGUGUUGUCAUUUAAGUGCAACUGGUAUAAGCAUUCAGACAUGGUGUAAUGAUUUUUAUACAGACCAGCCACUGUAAACCCAUAAACUUGAAUGUAUAACACAAAAAGAAUAUGGCCAGUUAUUUUACAAAAUUAUCUGUGAUGAGUUGAUUCAAAAACAAAAAUGAACAAAGAUACAGAGUUCAGCACAAAUCACAGCAACAAGAAGCCGACAAUUUGGCUAAAAGCGUCAGAAUACAACACAGGGCCAAGGCUACCCCAUUAUUGACUGUGUACUUAUUAGAAUGACAGCUUUUAGAUGUAUAUUUCAGAACACAUCACCAACAGCAACUUUUGUCCACUGUGCUAAAUUAAUUUGCUAAAAUGUUACGUGUGCUAUAUUAACUCUUUGAAGCCAUCUUUGUUACAAUGCCAUGAAGAACACACAGCACUUUGCUGCAUCUCAAACUCAGGAUGUCAAUGCAGUUCACAGUAUGUAGAAUAAAUACCCUCCCUUUGAAGUAUUAACUAAGGCAUCUGCUUUCUCUAUUUAUGCAGUGCAACCAUGAAAUCAUUACUACCAACACUGAAAAGUUUACUCUUUUCUUUAAAAAAAAUUGCAAUAUUUUAAAAAGGAAAUUAAAUAUACAUAGUGGCCAGUGCAAAAAUAGACAUGUUUUACUGCAUGUCAAUUGUAUUGUUGGAAAAUUCAACAUUUUUGUGUCAUUCGGGACACAUAGCUAACACCUUUUGAUUAAUAUUAUAAAUGACAGGCAAAGCUAGAAUGAAAGGUUAAGCAAUAAACAUAAAACAGCUAUAACAAAGAUUCCUCUCCGGAACAUGAAAUGCAAUCCAAGGAAAAAAAAUACAUCCAUACUUGAAGAUGCUUCAAAGUUGUGUAUCAUCUAUGAAUCUAGAGUCCCUCAUAAGUUUAACACAUUGAACUGCAGUGCUCUGAACUUAAGGCAAGUCCUAAGAUGUAAACCAUUAGUGGGAAAUCCUAAGCUGUACCCUCACCUCUCAGUGGCCUUACGAAAAGUUACAUAACAUUUGAUGUUUUCACAUUACACUCCUCAGAAGUGUGGACAACUUCCCCACCCCACCUCAACAGUAUACUGUAUCAUUUCAGCCAAUAGGUUUACAUACAGAAAUCUGUGUAAUUGUAUCUGUGUAAGGUAGCCAUGGCCUAUAAUUUGGUAAGAGCAUCCAAACACGUUUUUUAGACAGUGCUCCUACAGUCCUUUGUGCUAGUAUCCAUCAAGAUGAACCUGUUGUUCUGUAAACUGAAGUGCUCUGGUUUAGUAUGAGAGAAGGUUCCGCUUAAAAAUAUCAUUGUAUGUUUGUGCAGUUUAAAUUAAAGAAACCUUUCCCUGCUUUUCAUUAAUUUUAAUGCUACAUUGAACAGGGAUCAGGACUGGUACCUGUAAACAAUCGCUUUUCCACUGCAUCCAUUACGGCAGAAGCAACUUAGACUAAAAAAGCCACUCCAAUCAGUUCAGAAUUUCUGUGCUGGUUUUGAGACAUCAGUCUCUGUUUACAGGUUUAAAAAAGAAAGAGGAAGCAGAGCUUAAAGCUGCACCACAGAGUUCUCUUAGUCCCCAAACUCUGCUAAACGUCGUAUGAAGUUUCCACAUUUAUGGAUUGGAAAAAAGUGAAAAUACUCUUGAUAAAUCAAGAUAUAGUUCUGUACAUAAAGACAUCACUGAUGUCACAUAGUUCAAACUUCCAGUGAAAGACUAUGCAAACCUGAUCGUUCCCAUCAAGUUUACCAUAAACCACCAACAGUGUCCACUGUCUCUUCAGUUUGCUGAUAAAAUUCAUUCUGAAUGGAGGGCAGUGUGCUGGUGUAAUGCAUGAGCACUAAUAAAGCCAUUUGUCUCGUUUGCAGAUAGACUGCUAAAGUCAGCCACUGAGACUGCCAUUUUGGCACUGGUAAUGUGAUGCGUGUGAUUCUCAAAAUCAACACCCAAGUUAUUCACAGAAACAUCAUUCAUAUACGAUUCUGGGACUGCAAUUCCCAUUUUUAGUCUCUUGGCAGGCCUUUCAGACUCCUCGUUGCACAUGUUCAUUGGGUUUAACUCGGAGUGAUAAAAUCCAGUCUCAAAUAAAUUAAAACAAUCACUUUCACCAUUACUAGGCAAGUUAAGCAAAUCUUCUGUUACAACAGGCACAUGAUUAACUGCUGUCCGAGGCAAGCUGUCCAGAGGUGGGAAGGCAUCAUCUAAGCAGUUCACAUCUGUAGAGUGGCAGACUGUGGCUACACUGUUGGUCAGUGCU